UAGGGAGUUUCCUGAUAAGAUAUACAAAACACAGCCCUUUGCAGACCUUCUGGGGCCAGAGGCUCUGCUCUACACAGAAAGAUUUGCCUGGAGCUCAGCGAAAGAUGGCGUGCCCAUUCCAGCAGUGCAAGCAGCCCUGCCUCCCGCCUCCCAUCUGUGGGUGCACUAAACAAAGUGCCCCUGUGGGCCCACUUCCGUGUCCAGAACCCUGCAUCCCGGUCUCUGUCAAGCAAAGUCCCACGACUGUUUGCCCGGAGCCCUGUGUCAAAGUGGAUCCAUGUGCUCCUCAGUGCCCGGAGGAGUGUGCUCCCAAGUCCGUGCAGCCGUGUGCCCCUACCGUCUGCGAGCAGCAAUGUCCUCCUCAGAGCGCAAAGGUGUGCUCUCCCAAGUCUGUGGUGCCGUGCCCCCCUCCUGUCUGUGAGCAGCCAUGUCCUCCUCAGGGCGUAGAGGUGUGCCCUCCCAAGUCUGUGGUGCCGUGUGCCCCUCCUGUCUGCGAGCAGCCGUGUCCUCCUCAGUGCGAACAAGUACGCGCCUCCAAGUCUGUCCCAUGUCCUCCUCCGGUCUGCAAAGAGCCGUGCCCUCCUCAGGGCAUAGAUGUGUGUCCUCCCAAGUCUGUGGUGCCGUGUCCCCCUCCUGUCUGCGAGCAGCCGUGUCCUCCUCAGGGCGUAGAGGUGUGCCCACCCAAGUCUGUGGUGCCGUGUCCCCCUCCUGUCUGCGAGCAGCCAUGUCCUCCUCAGUGCGAACAAGUACGCGCUUCCAAGUCUGUCCCGUGUCCCCCUCCGGUCUGUGAGCAGCCGUGUCCUCCUCAGGGCGUAGAGGUGUGCCCACCCAAGUCUGUGGUGCCAUGCCCCCCUCCUGUCUGCGAGCAGCCGUGUCCUCCUCCGUGCGAACAAGUAUGUGCUCCCAAGUCAGUCCCGUGUCCCCCUCCGGUCUGCAAGGAGCCGUGUCCUCCUCAGGGCAUAGACGUGUGCCCUCCCAAGUCUGUGGUGCCGUGUCCCCCUCCUGUCUGCGAGCAGCCGUGUCCUCCGAAGUGUGAAGUGGUGUGUCCUCCCCAGGACAUCGCUCAGUGUAAACUGAGCCAGUGUAAAUGCCCCCCACAAAUCCCUCCUCAGUGCGCCCCAAAAUCUUCCAAGUAAAUACCUGCGGAUCCAUGCUGCUCGGCACCACCCCCUCCCAGGGCCAACGCCACGGAAAGCUCAACGCUACAGAACCUUGAAACGACAUCUAGAUUCGCGCUGUAUAUUUUUAAGCCUUUCGCCGACCUUCCGGGGAAUAUUUCGCCGAGGGGGUUCCAGCGAUUCGUUCCUCGCACUUCAUCCUCUGCCUGCUGAAUUUAAACACCUGCGCUCUUGAAGUAUUUCACUUGCAGAUUGUUCCUGCAUGCGUUCGGUGAAAAAAAUAUAUAUAUACACAUAUAUGUGCAUAUUUAUGUACCAUGUUUUCCCAGUGUUAUCCUCUUCUCAUCUUACGCAGCCAGCCUGCCAUAAAUGAAAGUUACACCUU